AUGGAGUUAAUCGCUGUGGCUGUAGUGAUUGUCCUGUUCAUCGGAGUUCUCAAACAGUUCGGCAUCCUGGAGCCCAUGUCUAUGGAAGACAGCAGCGAGACCGAUGAGGAGCUGUCGGCAGUGCGACACCAGCCUGAGGCGCUCGAUGAGCUGCAAGCCCGAACCAAGUUCUCUAAGAAGGAAAUCCAGUCGCUUUACAGGGGCUUCAAAAACGAAUGUCCCAGUGGAAUGGUGGAUGAGAAAACUUUCAAAGCAAUUUAUUCCCAGUUCUUCCCACAGGGAGAUGCUACAACAUACGCACACUUCCUCUUUAAUGCGUUCGACACAGACAGGAGCGGGGCAAUCCGAUUUGAGGACUUUGUUAUUGGUCUCUCUGUGUUAUUGCGUGGGACCAUCGAUGAGAAACUCAACUGGGCAUUCAAUUUAUAUGACAUCAAUAAGGAUGGUUACAUCACCAAGGAGGAAAUGUUGGCUAUCAUUCAGUCGAUCUACGAUAUGAUGGGCAGGUACACAUACCCCAUCCUACACCAAGACACUCCCUUCGAACACGUCGAGAAAUUCUUUCAGAAGAUGGACAGGAACCAGGACGGAGUGGUGACGAUUGAUGAAUUCCUGCAGACCUGCCAGAAGGACGAAAACAUCAUGCGUUCAAUGCAGAUCUUCGAAAACGUGAUCUAGAUGCAAGCAGCUCCCACACUGA